AUGAGUUCUCCCCAGAAAAAAACUCGUGGCGUGGGUUCUCCCCGCACAUCUGUUCCCCUCCGUGGUCUCUUCGCAGACGGGGUCUGGAAAUGCAACUGCCGUGACCGACCACCAGCAGCCAAGCAUCAGACGAAGAAUCAUGGCGUCAACCAUGGACGGUGGUUUUAUACCUGCCAAAAACCCCAGCAGAGCCGCUGCAACUUCUUCCUCUGGACCAGCGACGCAGAAGCUCGAGAGAAAAUGACCGUCAUCAACAACUCACGAUCCGAAUCAGGCCCAGGCUCAGGCUCGUUCAUUCAGUCCCAGACACAAACACCCAUCAAGACACCCAGACAGGGAAGCGGACUCUUCACGCCACAGACAAACACAAACGAACGCAGAAUUCCCGACAUCCCGCCACUGAAACCUAACACGCCCUCGUCGAGCGCAAAGGCCAAGAUGAUGUCUGAAGAUAUGGAAGAUUUUGAAUGGGACGAGGAGCUCGACGACGAAGUAAACCAGAUCCUGGAACGGCCUAGCCAGCGCCAGCAGCAGCCGGAUUUCAGUCAAGAGGCGUCGCGAAAGACAUCGCUACCGCGGACUCCGUGUUUUACGACACCAGGCAAGCGGAAGUUGGAGGAUAUGGAGGAGAGCGAGGGGACGCUUACGCCGCCGCAGUCUAAUAAGCGGUCUACUGCCAGUACUUCUUUUUCGUCGUUUUCGUUUUCUGGUUCGCAGUCGCAGCCGAGUCGACCUCCGCCGGUUUCGCCAGAGCCAUCUCUUGCCUCGACGCCUACGAGGCUUAGUAGCAGCGGGACUAUUUUCUCCCCGAGCUCGAGUGCAGAUACGCCAUCGCUUUCCCGGCAAGUGCUUUCGCUUCUUCAGAGUCACAAGGUCGUUCUUCCUCGAGCGGUUCAAGAUGAGCUUACUGCGCUGGUGGAUAGACAUGAUCUGCGCACACAGGGGAUUGUUCGUGGCCGUGACAUCUCACGAGUCUCCCUGAGAAAGAGGGACGAGCAGAUUAUGAAAUUGAAUGAGCGGAUUGCGAGUUUGGAGUCACAGAGGGAGAUGGAUCGGGCUUUGAUUGAUGGGUUGAGGGGUUAUGAUAAAAGGACUUGA